AACUAUGUCAUCAGUAGUUGCCUUCAGUGCCCACAUCAUCUGCAACAAGAUUCCUGGUCUGACCGCCACCCAGAGGAGGAUCUGUCGUGUCCGACCUGACGCCAUAGUGGCUAUUGGGAACGGCGCAAAGCUUGGAAUAAAAGAAUGCCAACGUCAGUUUCAGUACCACAGAUGGAACUGUACAGCUGUUGGUAAUGACAGUGUAUUUGGUCACGUGGUGGUUGUUGGUAGCCGAGAAGCGGCGUAUGUUUACGCCAUCAGUUCCGCAGGUGUAACGUACUCUGUAACCCAGGCGUGCAGUCGAGGGAACAUCAGUAGGUGCGGUUGUGAUCGGACGAAGGCCGGGAUGAGUCUAUGGGGGGACUGGAAGUGGGGAGGCUGCAGUGCUGACGUCCGCUACGGGAUGAGACUAGCUCGCAGGUUCCUGGACGCACGAGAGCUCGAGUGGGAUGCUCGAUCACUGAUGAAUCUCCACAACAACAAAGCUGGGAGAAAGGCCGUGAAACAAAACAUGCUCACGGAGUGUAAAUGUCACGGAGUUUCCGGAUCGUGCACAAUGAAGACUUGCUGGAAGACCUUGCCGUCCUUCUCCCAGAUUGGAAACUUUCUAAUGAAGAGAUAUCACACUGCUAAGAAAGUUACAGCCUUCUGGGGAAAACUCUCUUCCUCCAAAGAACCGUUAUAUCUUCACCAGCAAUCGAAGCGUCACCAUCGGAAGCCCAGGCCUAAAGACUUGGUGUAUCUUCAGCCAUCUCCUAAUUACUGUGACAUGGAUUUAUCGCGUGGUUCCUCUGGAACCGUAGGGCGGCGCUGUAAUCAAACAUCUAAUAAUAUCGGCGGCUGUGACCUGCUAUGCUGUGGUCGAGGCUAUAAUACUCACCAGUUUACAAGGACAUGGCAGUGUAACUGUAAAUUCCAUUGGUGCUGUUUUGUUAACUGUAACACGUGUAGGGCCAGAACGGAGAUCUAUGCGUGCAAAUGAGACCCAGUAAAACGUGAGUGUACGUUCCGUCCUGACUACUAGAGGAUAAGAUUGUAAUGUAAAUAUGUUUGGGCUACCAGUAUUCGGUAUGAGAGAUCAAACGUUCUUCCAAGGAACCAAUAAGUCCCUCGCGUUUAAAACACGAUUCCUUUAU